AUGAAUGAACUUGAACAGCUGGAAUACUUUUGCAGGGAAUUAUAUACAACUAGUGAUCCAGAAAUUCGAAGUCAAGCGGAGAAAACUUGUUCUUCGUUAUGUGAACGACCAGACUGUCCUGCUAUAUGUCAGUUACUUCUGCAGCAUUCAACUUCAUGCUACACACAAAUAAUUGCUACUACAGCCUUAGCUAAGUAUAUUUCCAAUCGAGAUGCUAUAAUCUCGCACACAUCGCGCUUGGCUAUUCGAGAUUUUGCAUUAAAUUAUCUAGCUGGACACGUUGGUUUAGAAAAGUUUGUACAACAAGCUUUGGUCACGCUUAUAUGUCGGCUAACGAAAUUGGGUUGGCUUGAUUCGAUCGAUAAUGGUCCCGGAUUUUGUGAUAUUUUAGACUGUGCAUCCAAGUUUAUUGAGUGCGGUCAAACAAGCGCAAUUCUUACUGGAGUACAAUUGCUGAACAAUUUGGUUUCAGAAAUGAACCAGGACAGUGAGUCUGAUAUGACUCGUGCAGUUUUCCUACAACGUAGAAGAUCAUCAUCAUUUCGUGAUCUUCUCCUGUUGCCUAUAUUUCGACUUGGUUUGAAUUUAUUACGAGAUGCUGAUGGAAAUUUAGCAACUUUAGAUUUAAGCAAUUCUGAACAACAUGGUCUUCUAUCACAAAGUCUACAAUUAGUUCAUUCUUGUCUUUCAUAUGAUUUCAUUGGAACAACUGGUAGUAUAAAUAGUACAGUGUGUGAUUCAUCUUCUGGUGGUUUAGAUGAUUUAGUUGUUGUACAAAUUCCUACAAGUUGGCGACAAAUUUUUCUUGAUUCAGAUACUAUACCUUUGUUUUUUCGUUUGUAUAAAAAUCUUUCACCUGAUCUAUCUGUUUUGUCACUUUCUUGCCUAGUUCAAAUAUCAAGUAUUCGACGUUCUCUAUUCACAAAUGCUGAAAGAUCAAUUUUUUUAUCACAAAUUGUCUCUGGAUGCCGUAAUGUUUUAUUAUCAAUUAAUAGUAAUAUUAUACCAUUGACAAAAACUACCAGUUUUGGUUCUUCAUUGAAUACAUCAACUACACCUAAUACUCCUAUGAAAAGUAAUAAUAAUAAUAAUAGUAAUAAUAGUGAUAAUCAUAAUAAUAAUAAUGAUAACAAUCAAGAUUGUAACUUAAUGAAUAAUCCUGAAGCUUAUCAUGAAUUCUGUCUUCUAUUAUCACGAUUAAAAUGUAACUAUCAAUUGAAUGAAUUGGUUACACUCAGUGAUUAUCCAUCAUUUAUUCAAUUACUUACUGUUUUCACUGUACAAAGUUUAAAGAUGUGCAAUGAUGAGUGUAUUCAGAAUAGUUUACAUUAUUUAUUAGCAUUAUGGCAACGUUUAGUAGCUAGUAUCCCAUAUGUACAUCCACCUGAUACUCAUCUAUUAGAUACUGUAACACCUCAAGUUACUAAUGCCUAUAUACAAUCAUGUUUAAACACUAUACCAAAGUAUAUGAAUCAUACUACCAUACAUAUUAGUCGUGAAUCAAUACGCUCUGAGAAGAAAUCAAAAGAAUUCACUGGACAUUCAUGGAAUAAUAUUCUAUCGACACCAUCAUCUCCACUUAACAGUAUAUUAUCUACUAAUCACAAUCAUAAUAAUAGUAUUAGUAAUAGUAGUAAUAAUAAUAAUAACAAUACUUCUACAAAUCCUAAUAACUGUAAAGAAGACAACGGACCAUCGAUGGAAAAUGAAUGUCUACUUGAUGAUUGGAUCACAUUAUCACAACAACUGGAUCAGUUUGGAACAAUUGGUCGUUGUGAAUAUACAAAAACAUGUAGUAUUAUUAUCCCAUUAUUUGAUGAAUAUGCAAGCAGUUUAGAAAAAGCUUUCAGUAUACUGACUUCAAGUAAUCUAUCAUUGAAUGAUCUUCAUUUGGAACAAGUUCUACGUUUAGAAGAGCAUCGUCUAGCCUGGCUUGUAUAUAUGAUUGGUGCACUGAUUGGUGGUCGUGUCGGUUAUGCUAAUGCAGAUGAUGAAUGUGAUGGUGAAUUAAUUUGUCGUGUAUUACAAUUGACACGGUUAACUGCAAACUUUAUCACAUCGAAUACUUCGUCAGUAUUAACUAAUCAUACAAACGUUAUACUAGUGACUCAAUCACCAAGUAUGAUACGAUUAGAAUUGGCUGUAUUAAGAUUUUUUGAACAACUUCGACGUAUUUACGUUGGUGAAAAUGUUGGCAGAUUGUCUAAGUUUUAUCAGUAUUUAUCAGAUAAAUUAGGUAUCUCAGAUGAAAUGAUGUUACUCGGUGUAUUUACAAAUAAAAUUUUAACAAAUUUAAAAUAUUGGAGUAAUUGUGAAGCCAUUCUUCAACGAACAUUGAAUUUACUCUCUGAAUUAUCAAUGGGUUUCAGUGCUAUGCGUAAACUUUUACGCCUUGAUGAUAUACAAUUUAUACUUGCUAAUCAUACACCGGAAUAUUUCCCAUUUCUGCUGGCAACAACUACAACUGCAGUUUCACAGUCAUCAACAAUUUCCCGACUACGUACAACAUUCUAUGCUUCAAUUUCACGUUUAUUGAUGGUUGAAUUAGGUGAAGAUGAAGAACAAUUCUUAAAUUUUGUAUCCCCGUUAACUAGAGUUACUAAUCAAUUAAUUAUAGCUAUCUUAUCCGGAGGUCCUUCUAAUUUAAGUCAAGAAUUGACAAAAAUUUCAAUCAUUGGUUUAGCUAGAGAUAUUCGUGGUAUAUCAUGCAGUUUAAGUACUAAAUCAUCAUAUCAAAUGUUAAUGGAUUGGAUAUAUCCUAAUGGUUUACAAUUGUUUAGUCGUGCACUUGAAUUAUGGCCAUUGGAUUAUACAUUAACAGUGCCUGUAUUGAAAACAAUCACUGAGUUAGUUCAUAAUCGUAAUGGACGUUUAUUUAAACUUUUGUGUAAUUUUGGUGUACAAAUAAUCUCAAAUACAUGUCAUUUACCUAAACAUUCAAUAUAUGAAGUUAAAUUGAAACCAAUUAUGUCAGCUUUAAAUCUAUUGAAAAUGUGUCUUAGCGGCAGUUUAAUUAAUUUCGGUGUAUUCAGUCUAUUUCAUGAUGAUUCAUUGGAAAAAGUUAUGGAAAUGGGUAUUCAAUUAUUAUUAUCUUUAAAUAAUUCUGAAUUACAUGAUCAUUCAAAAUUGGCAUUGUGUCAUUUCGGACUAUUAGAGUAUAUGCUAAAUGAGCAUAUCAUUUUUGUUGCUUCGUUGGGUACACCAAUUUUAUUACAUCUCUUAGAAACUAUUGCCAGUAAUUUAACUUCACUAGAUCCUGGUAUCAGUGAAGUUUGUUGUAUGUGUUUGGAUUAUUUUCUAAGUCAUCUUUUUAAAAUUAUUCAACGACAACAACGUCUAAGUCGUGCUACUAUGAAUAAUAAUAAUAAUAAUAAUAGUAAUUCAUUGUACUUAAUCAAUGUGAACAACUCAGAUAUAUUGAGUAAUAAUGGAGAUAAUCGAAGUGAUGAUAAUAAUAAUCAAUUGUUAUUACCACACUUAAUAUUGGGUAAAGGGGGAGCAUCAAAUCAUGCAGUUUGGUCUACGCGUGCAACAUCAGCAUCUACAAAUAUGUUGAACUUAUUGGUGACCACAACAUCGAGUUCAGAAAGUUUAGAAAUGAGAUCAGGUGUAACUAUACUCCGUCGUAUCCUGAUUACACUACUUAGUUCAGUAAUGCAAGAGGAAUGUCGAUGUCAGUGGUCCAUGUCUAGACCUUUAUUACCGUUAAUACUGUUAAAUCAACAGUAUUAUUCCGAACUGAAAAAUCGUGUCAUCACAGAAUUGCCAGCUGAAAGACAAGAACCUGUGACCAAACUGUUUGAUAAGUUAAUGGAAGAUGUAGAAUGCAACCUAACGAUGAAAAACCGUGACAAAUUCACUCAAAACCUCUCAAGUUUCAAACAUGCUUUGGGAGAUUUUAUUAAGAAGAUGAGCGCGAAAUCUGAAAGAGACACUGCUGGUCUAACAGACUGCACGCAGCAGACUGAAUACAACAAUUACGAACCAUAUAUUUGUCUAGGUAGUGCAAUUGUUCAGGCGGGUGAACAGUUACUUUGCCUGUGA